AUGACUGUGCCCCCCCUUCCGUACACACAGUGCCCCGGGAUAAAGCCCGUGUGCGUGGACCUGAGUGACUGGGAGGCCACGGAGCGGGCCCUGAGCGGCCUGGGCCCCAUGGACCUGCUGGUGAACAACGCUGCUGUGGCGCUGCAGCAGCCCUUCCUGGAGACCACCAAGGAGACCUUCAACAGGUCCUUCAGCGUGAACGUGCGCUCUGUGUUCCAGGUGUCUCGGAUGGUGGCCCAAGGCAUGAUCGACCGCGGAGUACCUGGCUCCAUCGUCAAUGUCUCCAGCGCACUGGCCUAUGCCACCUUGCCCAACCUAGCUGUCUACAGCUCCACCAAGGGUGCAAUGACCAUGCUGACCAAAGCCAUGGCCAUGGAGCUGGGGCCACACAAGGUGAGCCUGGGAGUCACGGCGGGAAGCAGAAAUGGCUGCCUUGCGGAGGCGGGGAGGAAGUGCAAGGUCCGGAGGCUCCUGGUCCCCAAGCUCUGA